AUGGACCAGUCAUACGCUCCUCGGUCUCCCGAAUUGUCCGGAUACGCGCCUCGCUCUCCAGACUUGACCGCCUACCAACCCGUCUCUCCUCAAGGCCAGGAUCAGUACGUUCCCAAAUCGCCUGAUCUUUCUGGACUGCAACAACCCCAGCACUCUUACGCGUCCCAAAUACCUGCUCACUCUAGCUUCGGCCUGGAUCAGCACCAACAACAGCAGCAGCACAUUCCACAAACAUAUCCCCCUCAGCAGUCAGGUUACACACUAGGCCACCCUUCUCUACAACAGCCCUCGCAAUCAUAUCAAUCCGACCCCUACCAACAACAGCAACAAUUCGGCUUCGGUCAACAGUCUGCCUACCAACAGCAGUAUCCUCCUUAUCCCGAAAUGCCUGUCCAGACCCGUAACAGGGGUGUGCGCACGCCUGCCGAGGUCGGAAGCUACAACUACGACAAUGGCAACGUUAAAGAGGAGGAACCUGCAUGGGAACCACAACCCGCAGCACAGACACCUGCUCGUCGCGGCAGGAAGCCAAAGAGCGAGACUGGCAACGGUGCUGCUCCUCCAACUCCAAUGAAGAAGAUGGACACCGGCGGUGUUGAGGUCAAGACAAAGUUCCCGACUGCGAGGAUAAAGCGCAUCAUGCAGGCCGAUGAGGAUGUGGGCAAAGUGGCUCAAGUUACUCCAGUCGUAAUGGGUAUGUGUUUCCUGUUUUUAAUUCCUACCACUCUAUUUGCUAACACAUUCUGUANNGCCAAAGCACUCGAGCUAUUCAUGAUCCGUCUUAUUACCGCCAGCGCAGGCGUCGCAAAACAGCGUGGCUCGAAGCGCGUCCUCUCACAACACAUGAAGUCUGCAGUCAUGCAAGACGAUCAAUUCGACAACCUCAGAGACAUUGUAGGCCGCGUGCCUGAUGCCCCAGCAAAGGGUGCCAAUGGCGACGACUCCGAAGACGAGGAGAGCGCCCCCAAGAAGGGCGCAGGCAGAGGAAGAAAGGCAGGCGCAGGAGCUGGCGGUGGCAGAGGAAAGAAGAGAAGAGAUAGUGACGACUUCUGA